UUUGGCAGAAGGGCACGCGACUCACGCCGUGUAAAAAGGGGGCGUACCGUACCGGUCGGUUUAGCCAUGUUUGCUUAUAAUUUGAGGAUUUGGAUCUUCCUUUGCUUUGAUCUAUCUACCUACGUUAGUACUUUUACUAGUGGCUAUAGUAAACACUAAUCUGUGAAUACGAAUUGCGAGAUCUCGUUGCAUGUCACGUGACAUGUUACUUCUACAGUUAUUUUUUCAGGCAUGAUGGCGCCAAACGCUAGUAUCCCCUUUUAUGUAAAUAUAUUAUUGAUUCGGUGGAUUUUGAAAUCAAUCGUAAUUCAACGCGGCGAAGCGAAUAACUUUUAAUAACUAAAACUGAAACGUAGGAUCGUUCAAGAUUGGAAGAAACAUUCGAUUUCCAGAUAAUAAAUAUCCUAUGGACAGCUAUGUAGGUGUGCACAGCCCACCUGCAUGUGCCACGUAUCACUAGCUUACUUGGUCUAGUAGAAUGGCACAACGAGGGAAAAGAAUAAACAGAAGUGACAAUGAUCUGGCGUCUUGUCCGGGCGCCAUUAAACGACGUAAGUGCCGUCUGGGCCCAGCAGUCCCCAGCUCAUCGACGGCAGCAGCAGCUUUGGGGCCCUCUGAGGAGGAGGAAACGAUGGCGUCAUCCAGCCAAGGGGGAGCAUCCUGGACCCCCCGUCCCCUCAGUGAUAUCAAAUCUACAAUCUAUAAUCGUUCCGCGACUGAAGCUCCAGCCGAACUGUUUCGCAAAGACCUGAUAAGCGCUAUGAAAUUGCCAGAUAGCGAACCCUUAAGUCCAAACGAAUAUUGGGUUAUUACAGAUCAGUGGAAACAAGAGUGGGAAAGAGGCGUUCAGGUGCCUGUUAAUCCCGAUUCUCUACCUGAACCAGCAGUCACUGUGACACAAGCUUCACCCUCCAACAAGCAACAUGGUGAAUUUAAACUACCAAAAAAAUUCAUCAGAAUAUCACGGGACGACUGGUUUAAUUCAGAAGAUCAUCAUUUGAGUACCACACCUGCACGUGCCGAAAAAGCUUGUGCAUACGAUCUCGAUGACACCGAUAUUGCAUGGCUAGGUGUGCUCAACGGGGAAAGAGCUCAGGCGGGACAAUCAUCGAUCACUGAACCACAACUGGAGCGUGUUAUUGAAGAGCUGGAAGUUUGUUGCUGGGAACGAAUACAGACAAUUGUGAAAAAUGAAGAAGGUCUUGGCAUUGAAUUUGACGAAAAUGUCAUCUGUGAUGUUUGCAGAUCUCCUGAUUCCGAAGAAGGUAACGAGAUGGUGUUUUGCGAUUGCUGCAACAUUUGCGUACAUCAGGCAUGUUAUGGAAUUACUUCAAUACCCGAGGGUUCCUGGUUAUGCAGGACAUGCUCUCUGAGCCAACGUCCAGAUUGUGUUUUGUGUCCCAACAAAGGUGGUGCCAUGAAAUGUACACGAAGUGGACAAAAAUGGGCGCAUGUCUCCUGUGCUUUGUGGAUUCCUGAAGUCAGUAUUGGCUGUGUAGAAAGAAUGGAGCCAAUCACAAAAAUAUCUAGUAUUCCGCAAAGUCGAUGGGCACUUAUAUGCGUGUUGUGUCGUGAGCGUGUGGGUGCGUGCAUUCAGUGCAGCAUAAAAACUUGUAAAACAGCGUAUCACGUAACUUGUGCUUUCAAACACGGACUCGAGAUGAAAGCCAUUAUCGAAGAUGAAAUGGCCGAUGAUGGUGUCAAGUUGAGAUCAUACUGUCAAAAACAUAGUAGAACCAAUACUAAAGACAAAGUCGGUGUCGGAGGAGCUGUGGGUAGCACUAGUGGCAAAGGUGGAUCAGAUUCUGAAGACGGUGAGGCAAGAAAGCGUAAGCGCAAGGAUAUGACGUCGGAAGAAAAAAAUCAAGCACGUGCAGCUAAGCUGCAAGAAAUAGAGGCAGAGUUCGACAAGCAUGUCAGUCUAAAAGACAUUACUUCCCAACAACUUGACGUGGACCCAGAUGGCAUCGUUUAUAUUUAUAACUACUGGAAGUUGAAAAGAAGAGCUGGACAUAACAAACCGCUGUUGGCGCCACGAUGUGGAGAACUGUCAGGUGCUGGUGCUCGAGCUCAAGGGCAAGCUGACUUGGAGAAGCUGCGUACGUUUGUCCAACUGCGACAAGAUCUCGAACGUGUGAGAAAUCUUUGUUAUAUGGUGGGGAGAAGAGAAAAACUGUGUCGGACAUUCUUGAGGCUACGUGAACAAACUUUUCAUAAACAAGCUCUGGUAAUGUCAGGGCCAUCUUUACCCCCAAAUGCCGCAGCUGCCGUCUUAGCUGCUAAUCAUGGCCCUUCUAUAUACGAUCGCUUGUACUCUCAUCCGUACUCUGAGGACCAUACCCACGAUUUCGAUGUAAUUGUUGCAAGAAUUGCUGGCGUUGAAUCGCCCACACCGGUAUCGAGCGACGAGAAGAAAAUACCAACAGAUUUCAACGGAGCAUCGAAAGAAAAUUCGAAAAUGGAUAAUCCGUACAAGAAACUCUACCUUAAUGGUUCGGUGAGGAGAAAAAAUUUGUACGGUAGCGAUUUAUCUUCCAUUAGCGCCAGCGAAACGGACACGGCUGAACCAACGAUUAAAUCACCCACUAAGAAUUCGAAUAAAUUAAAGAAGGAACUUAACACAGAUAUGAGUACAGACGAAGAAUCUGCUCCUUCUAAACCCAAGACCGAUAGAAGAAAAAAUAAGAAGGGUAAUGUAUCUGGACGCAGUCGGACCGUACUACGUGAUAGUAGCGAAAGUGAUAAAACGGAGACGCAAGCCAGCAGGUUACAUACUUUGCAGCAAAUGGAAAGAGAACUCGAAGGAGGUGCGUCUGCCAGCGACAGCGACGACCUUUUACCUCUAAGUAGUACCUCAGCAUCGCGUCUCGGACCCUCCGAUGCUGCCGCCAUAUAUUCAGAUACUGAUUCCGAUUCACAGGAGCAUGCACAUGGAGCGGUUCUCCGAACAAAGGCUGCUGUAAAAGAAUUUUCAGCUGCCGAUAUUUCUAAAAAUUCACAGAAGAGUUUUGCGAACAAAGAUUUACGCCAAGAUCACAUGGUAGAUGAAUUGCCGAAGAGUAAGGACAACGUGAAAACAUCAAAGAAGAAAGAGUACGUACCGACGGCUUUGAUAGUACCUCAGAGGCAAGCAGCUAAAAAGGCAUCGGAAAUCAUGCAACGUGCUCAGAGCAAAAAGGACACUUCGAUAGAGCCAGAUGUAACAAAGUCACCAGCGGAAGAAGUAAAGAUUCCCAAACCAAUGAAACAAAAAUCUAGUAAACAGAGAGAUGGUAAAAUUGGUAAGGAUUCGAAGAAUAACGAUAUUUAUGAUUUUGAUAAAGAGUUUGGCGAUGGAUCAGAGAUUCUCGCCUACGUUCCACAACGACAGGCAGCCAAGAAGGCCGCUGAACAUAUUAAAAGUGGAAUGGGUACCAAGGCUGGCCCAGCAGAAGCAGAAACACCUGAGGUUAAAGUGAAGAAGGAUUCUCCGGAACAAACGAAAAAGAAGGAGCCAAAGAGAGAGGAAACACCGAAGAAAAUGAAAAAGUUGCCGGAAAGUUCAGCCCUGUCAGCGUUAUCUAGCAACAGUGAUAGUAGUAGCAGUAGUAGCUGUAGCAGUUCCUCAGAGAGCAGUAGUGACUCGGACGAAUGUCCGAAAAGCACAGCUCCUGUUGUUCCUGCUCCUCCCAUUGAGCAACCCAAUUCGCCUACAACCUCCUCAGACACAGAUAACAGCAGCAAAGUUAAGUUCAAAACGCUCAAUAAACGACACUAUAAUAAAGCUGCGGACAAUGCAACGGACUCUGAUACUAACCAGAAGAAGUCGGCUGGCCGAAAAGUCAAAAAGCUGCCCGAUAAGAAGCUUAAAACUUCCGACGGGCGGCAUGGACCCGAAUUUCAGCCGCCGCCUUCUGAAAGAGAAGAAUCAAGUAGAUUCUCAGUGUCCAAGGAACAACAACCACAGCAGCAGCAGCAGCAGCAACAACAACAACAGCAACAACAACCACAGCCACAACAACAACAACAUGGUAGAAAGUCAGAUCAAAGAGAAUCAACCAAAAAAGUCGUCAUCCCACAACAGCCUUCAAACCAGAUCAGUCCACUUGGUGGGAGUCGAGAUAAUGAUGGGACACGAAAUAUUCCUGGGCCCAAGUCUGCAAAGAAGUCAAAUCAGGUUCCCAAGCAGCCACAACAACAAUCAACCUCUACCCGAAAAGACGAAACAAGUGCCAUUACAAAAGCAAAAGUCGAUGCUCGUAAACGAAAAUCAAGCGAAGUUCCCCAAAAAGAGGAAAAGAACAGUAAAGCCUUGGCUUCGCUCAAAAAGAUGGAAAAAAGAGCGACUGACAAAUGGAUAGAUACUGACAAGUGUGAUACCAAGAAUGACGUUAAUAUUAUUGAACCUGACACACCUAAAAAUCCAUCUGAAGAUAUUGCCUCAAAGACUGAUGAUAAGAAAAACAAAAAGACUGCUGGUAAGAGCACGGUAAACACGCUAGAAGAAGAAAUAAAGCAGAGAAAGGCUGAACGAGAUAGUCCUAAGAAAUCGUCUAGGGGAUUGGAUAAGCUCCUCGAAAAGAGGGAACACCUUGACAAACUAUCUAAAGCAAAGAGCUCUGAUUUUAAAUUAGAAAAAGAAUUAUCUAGGGAUGAAAAUACUCCAAAAGAAGAUUUGCAUCCCAAGGUUGUCACGACGGAUACGGUUAAGAAUGAACAUCAUAAGCAUCAUCAAAGCAGUCAUAACGAUGUCAGAAAAUCUUUACCAAAUGCCGACAGAGGUGCGAAUGAUUUCGACGAUGUACUGUCUGACCAAUGUUUAGACUCGAAAAAGAAAAGUGAGGAAAAAGUGGACACCCACACAGAAAUAGCAACCCACGACACAGAAAUGGCCACUACUGUCGAUAGCAAAGAAACAAGAGAUAUUGCACUGUCAAAAUGUAUUCCCGACAAACCUGAGACAAGUGAAAAAGACAGCAAACGAAGGAAAUCAUCGAAUCGUUCAAUUUUCUCACCACAGCAUGCAAGUAAAGAUCCAAAUGUAUCGGAGUUCUUUGACUUUGACCAUGACAUACUAACUGUCGAUGAAAUGGUAAAUGAGGAUGGCUUCAGCAUACCACGGGAUCCAGAAGAACGAGCUCCACCCCUCACAUUUUCGUUCAACAACGAACUUUGGUUCAAGGAAGAUUCUAAAGAGGAUAGUGCAAGAGAAACUUUACAUCUGGUAGAAAAGCUGCGAAUGGAACUCUCGAAGAAAUCAAACUCUGGACAACCUGAGCAUGAAUCUGUGGUCAAUGAGAACGAGAUUAAAAAGGAAGAAAUAGUACAUGAUAAGCCUGUUGAACCAAUUUCUCAGGACAAGGAGCUCACAGUCCAAGAGGCAGAGCCUGAAAUCCCGCCUGAAGUGAAACACAGCGAUAGUAUUAAUCAAGUAUCCGACGAUUUGAGUGUCAAAAACCAAUGUACAGAGGAAAAAGAUAAAUUGUGCUAUCCACACAAUGAGCCCUAUGCGCCAUAUAAUAACGAAGAUCCUGAAACUGGCAAAGUUACAGUUGCUGAAAGAGAAAAGCUGGAUAGAGGUGAAGCAGAUGAAAGAUGGGUACCACCGAGCAUGGAAAACUUCAACCCUAAUGACGUACAGUUGAACACACUCAUCGAGAGCCAGAGUCAUUGCUACAGUGGGCAUCAAUUUCCCGGUGAUACUGUCAUGUCGGAGAGCAAUACCGACGCACUAGUUCAUUCACAGAUGAAUAUGAAUAUUGAAGAACAGUACCAAUUACUUCAACCCUCGCACCAGCAGCUCAUACGCCCCCCGCAACAUGUUGAUCCUCAUUCCGAAUCCAGAGUACAACCCAUUCAAAUAAUCGAUCAUCAAGCUAACUUAUUGCCGAAUCAAAUUGUUGAUGAAAUAACACCUAUGGAGAUGGUCAACCGGCACCUCAGAGAAUUACCAAAUUCGGAAGAAGAUCAUGGCAAUGAUAUGGAAGGUCAUGUUCUGGAGAAAGAAGAAAUGUCAUCGGACAUCAGACAGGAUUACAAUCAAGGUGGUUCACCUUACAACGAUGUUGGCAUGUCGCGACAGGAUACCCGAUGGGUGGAAAGUCAAUUAUUGCCUUCGCGUAGGUCUACCUCCUCAUCCAUCACAUCAGCUUCUUCUACGGAAGAUCACUCAGCUAUUCCAUCAUACAAAAACAUGGCCCCAAUACCUUUUCCACCAUGCUCUAUGGAGACGGGAGCCUACCAAUCCUAUUCAGAGCCGAGCACAUAUGCCGGCCCAGUCUCAUUAUUUCCACCUCAAUCAUUGCCAUAUCCGUCGCCAGGCACAGCUAUGUUUCCUCCACCCUUCGGUGCACCCUUCCCUACUUCUGGAUCUCUUCUGCCACAUGUGUCGAAACCUCUGGAAGAUUCUCUCAACAUGCAAGCAUCUCCUUGCACAGCUGCAUUCACAUCCUCGUCGCACAACAUGGCACUGACUGCCGCCAUGGUAUCGCCUACAAAAAUUUCUACUCCCCCACCGCAACCACCCACGAUACCCGAACAAGAUCAAACUCAAGAACUGACCCAACAGCAACAACCACAGCAUCUACCACAGCAACAACAACAACAACAACAACAACAACAACAACAACAACAACAACAACCACAACCACAACAACCACCACCACAACAACCACCACCACAACAACAACAACAGCAGCAGCAACAAGCACAAUCUCAGCAACAAUUACCACCAAUGCCCAGUCCUCCUGUUGCUCCGAUGGCAUUCCUAAAUAACAUGUCAGAAACGCCAGCCUCUGAAGCAGUAGUUGACAAUCUGCAGGAGAUACCAGUCGAGAUCAAAUCAACGCAACUUGGUAAAAAAUCUCCUGCAAAGCCUACAAGAUCAUCUGCCAGAGUAACAUCUUUACAAGGAAAGUCACCUGGAAAAUCGCCUCGUCAGGAAGCUCCCAAGGCUGUACCAGCGUCGAAGGCACGUAGCCGAGCAUCCAAAGCCACACAGCAAACUGGGUAUAGGGGUCGUGGACGAGGAGGUCGGGGUCGCGGACGAGGAAGAAAUAAUCAAGGAGCACCUGCUGUGUUGAAUGCAAGCCUAGUGAAUGCGUUACAUAAUAACGACGACACAAUACGUAGCAAACUUGUCGGUACUGUGUAUGAUUUCGACUUUGAUGAUGAUUCUGCAAAUGAAACAAAUAUCGCGGAUCUGCGCACGAUGCGCGAGAGGAAAAAAUCAACGGAUGUAAGCGAAAAGCGGGAAGGCUUAGGUAUACUGAAUGAGGGAAUGCAGCCGUCUCAUUUAUCUAGUCCUACUUUACAUAAGAAAUAUGGCGACGAGAGAAGAUUGUUGUCGCCUACUGCUCAUGACAGUGCGGGUGCAGGAGAUUCUGAAGCUACAGCUGGACAAACAUUUACUGAUACUGUACUGCCUCUACUACCAGGACCAGUUGAUAUGCGGACGUACAAUUCAACCAUCGACGCACAAACUUCAUCGCUGCAUGCACAGUCGUACACGAAUCAUUUACUUGGUGCUUUCACGAGCGGGUCCGCUGACCAAUCUUUGCCAGACAUAGAAGAAGAUUUUGAGAAAGAAUUACAUUCCGCUCUUAUAGCAAGCAAGCAACUUGACCCGUCCAGAGAUCCGCACAUAUCUAAUCCAAUAGCUGAAGCGCCAUUAUCUAAUUUGGGCGAACCCAACAAAGUGUCACUCACAGAUUCUCGUAAUCAACUAAAAGUCAAAAUUAAGGGUCCAUUCCUGGAUGCUAAUUAUGUACCAGCGUCUUCCGCACCCCCACUUGCACAGCAGGCUCCGGUUAUAAUAACUCCUGCUGCCACAAGCGCCUCUGUUGCUUCUGGAACUUCAAAUCUGCGUAGGAUGCGAAAGAAGGAACUAUUGAGACAGUACUGUACGCAAGAUAUGAACAUGGAAGAUUCUACUUCAGGCAAUAUAGCAUCAGCACCAAUAACUUUGCCACCUGUUAGUCGGACUGUUAUCACCAUUCCCAAAGCAGUAAAAUCUAUGACAAGCUUUCCAACUAGAGAAGACUACAAAGCAGUCGUCGAUGCCAAUAUGGAGAAAAAGCGAAGAAAAGAAAGAGGGGGUAGUUUCCUGGAUGUACUGGACGAAGAGGGUGUUUCAGAUAGUCGACGUGGUGUUGGUGCCAGUAAUAUAGAUAGAAGAAGAGGCCGGCAGACCAGACCAUCCGCUGCUACGAUAACAAAUAGUGGACUUGCACCUAAGCUUAAAAUAAAAAUUGGUAAUAGCAUUAUUGGACAAGAAUUGGGCAACGUGCAAGAUGAUCGAAGUAGAAUACGACCGCCAAAGAAACGAUUAAGCAGUAUUCCCAGCUUACCGAGUAUGGAGGAAUUAAAACGAGAGAGUAUGAAGUUCCGUAGAAUGAUUAUGGCGGGAUUUGAUAAUGACGAGAAACCAAAAGUAAAAAGUAAAAGGGAUAAAAAUGGUAAGAGAAAGAAGAAACAAUCCAAUAAGAAAGAAGGGCAUGUAGAAAUUGUCGGGGUCGGAGCUGCACCCCCGAAACUAAUUAUUCGACUGGGGAAAGGCAACAACUCUGCAACAAAUAUAAACGAGACGACCUUUAGCGAAGCACCUACCACCAAACCCCCUGGGGGAAUUGACGGAGCAAAAACUACGAUCAAUCCUUUGGAAAACCUGGAUAGUCGAGUGGGUCCCCCACCUCCCGAGCCAUCCAAAGAGGAGGCAGGAUAUCCGCUAGAUAGUAAAACUGACGAGAAGUUGCCGACCGAUCCAAAUGCCAGUAUAACUUCAUUAAGAAAUGUACGUUCUGCAAAAGUCACCCCUAUAAGGUUAAAAUUAACAAGAUGCCAAGAAGGAUAUGAACUAAAAGCACCAGUGGUUAGUAGUGCGUGCGAAGACAGUGGAAAAGUGAACUCCAACUUGAUACCUACACUGGAAGGCGUUGCCGUAGUCGAUAAGGAGAGCGAGGAAUCCUCGACAAAGCAAUCUUCCAAGGAGGAUGAUAUUCCUAUGCUGCCACAACACACCUCCCACAACUCUCCCGGCUGUCCACCCGCACCACUUCCACAGGGAUGCCAAGUUAGGUGAUAAUAAUUGUAUAAUACAGUAAUUAAUGGUUCUUAUUAAAUGAAAAAAAAAUUAAAAUAAAAUAACAUUAUAUAUAUUAUAUUAAUGUUGAGAUGGAGACUCACUAGAAAAACUUUUGUGUAAUAUAUAUUAUUAAUGGUAUGUAAAUGAUCUGAGGGUGAAGUGAAAUGUCACAAAGUGCCCAAAAACUCACCACAAUUAGCAUGUGCAUUUCAAGAGUAAACUGCAGGUUGUUAAUUAAGGUAUCAUUCAUUGUCGAUAUGUAAAAUGUAACGUCAUUUCAACUCAUAUUCUUAUAAAGGCAAUUGAUAAUGAUUUUAUUCAAA